AUUUCGGGAUCUCUCUGCGCUUUGAGGUUGAUAGCGACUAAAGUAUAGGUCUGAGGGUAUAUCCAGACACAUCAUUAGAAAGAAGACAAGUAUGACUACGAUUUAGUGAAGUAAUUAUGUUGAAAGAGUAAAAAUUGUGGCUGUAGUGACGAGUUAGAGACAGAAGUUCUGUCUUAAAAAAGCGCACCUUCUCACUGUAGCUGUGACAUCACGCACUCUAACUGACCCAAUACACACUAAUGGAAAAGCUGAAAAUUUAACAAAAACCACACCAUAUUUAAACACUCACAAGUCGAAAACUAUAAAAGAUACGAGGACGCUGAUUUACACGGAGAACGCUGAAAGAUGAUAGACGCUUUUGACGUUGAAAUGACGUUUCUACGCCAAAGUAUGACGAUGACAGAAGCUGACGAAAAGAGGCAAGUUGACAAAAAGUUGAACGAUGAUUCCUAUAGACGACCAUUAUAAAAAAACGACGAAAAACGUUGAAUAACGUUAAAAGUUGAAAAGCUGAAAACGUGAAAAGUAAUAGCACUAAUAAAGAGCGAAGAUAUCAAUAGUGUGAGAGCUGUUCAGCUCUCCCACUAAUAAUGUUAGACUUUUAGUCAAAAAGCUAAAAAGAAAGCCGGUAUUAAGUGAAAACCCCCUUUCAUACAUAAUUAUCCUUUAGUUCCCACUGCACUAGUCUCACCUUUUACACGUCCAGCCAUUUAAAAAAAUAUAAAAUAUACAAGUGUGAAAUACACUUGUAGCUGACAAAUCACCAUAAGGAUUUAAGGGAUAGGCAGCUGGAUUUAGCUGCCAUUAAUUGGGGUCUAAUGAAAACAUGGAGCUCCCAAAACUCUUCUCUUCUUCUGACAAUUUUCUUUUACAGUGGCUGUGAAGCAAACUUCAAACCAAGCAUGAACAAUUUGGACUUUUCAAACUUGUUUAUGACUGUGUCGGCCACUUGCCUGGAGGAUUAAAGACGUGCAAGGAACUUGUCUAGCUGUAAUUAGAUUUCACCCAGUUCGCAGAGGGGCUAAGAAAGACCCGGCUGAAUAAUAGCCAAACCAGAAGGUGGUCAUUAGCGCUGUUUGUCAUCAUCAUGUCGUACAGUAUGGCCUCUCUUGUUAGCGCUUAUUUGCCUCUAUGUCCAAGCUCUUUUAUUAGCCUCCUUUCUUGUUGCAUCUAUCUUAUGUCCUACAGCAGCCGCUGCCAUUUGAUUCUGAUUAGACAAAACUGGAUCGAGGAUUGAGGACAUGUCUGCAUGUGAUUUUAUAUUAGAAGAGGUCCAUACGGAAUAAGUCAAAUCAUACAUUUUAAACACCCAGGGUGGAGUCUUCAUUAGCUUGCCACUCUCCACUUAUCCACUUAUCGAAUGGGUCAAGGUGGCUCUGUGAAAUCAUCAGGUGUGUGAUAAUGGAUGGUCUUGACCUUCCAGUACCAUAGCCUUGGCUCAGAUUACCUCGCUAUCUUUUUCUUUCUAUCUAUGUUAGCAGCUGCUUUCCUUGCUUGCAGUCUAAGCAAGGAACUCCAAAGUAUCUCUCUCUCCGGCCACUUUCUCCAGCUCUUCUGGUGGAUCCCCAUAGCGUUCCCAGGCCAGCCGAGAGACAUAGUCCUUCCAACAUGUCCUGGGUUUUUCCCGGGGCCUCCUACCGGUAGGACAUAUCCAGAACACCUCCCCAGGGGUGUCCAGGAGGCAUCCAAACCAGAUGCCCGAGCCAUCUCAGCUGGCUCCUCUAGAUAUGGAGGAGCAGCAACUCUACUCCGAGCUCUUCCUGGGUGACAGAGUUUCUCACCCUAGCUCUAAGGGAGUGCCCAGCCACCAUGCAGAGGAAACUCAUUUUGACCGCUUGUAUCUGCGAUCUUGUCCUUUUUGGUCAUGACCCAAAAAUGACUAUAAGUGAGGGAAGGAACGUAAAUUAACCAGUAAACUCUCUCAUCACGACAGAUCGGUACACCAACCGCAUUGCUGCAGCAGCUGCACCGGUCCGUCUCUCAAUCACACGCUCCUUUCUUACCUCACUCUUGAACAAGACUCCAAGAUACUUGAACUCCUCCACUUGGGGCAAAGGCUUUCCUCCAACCUGAGGAAAGCAAACCACCUUUUUCCAGGUGAGAACCAUGGCCACAGACUUGGAAGAGCUGAUUCUAAUCCCAGUCGCUUCGCACCCAGCUGCAAACCAACUCAGCACAUGCAGCACAUCCUCCACCACGGUAAGGCAGUGGUUCAAGGCGGAGGGAUUGUGCCCGUUUCUCUUCCGUAAUUAGUCAGAAAAAGCCAAAUUGCUUUUCCACAUAGAAGUUCAAACUUAAACCUCUGUCAAAGAUUUCCAGUAAUUUUAGUAUUUGACUGAUAAAAGCACUGGGAUUUAUUUCCACCACUAUGUUUGCGUGUGUGUGACUGGUUUAAGUUCUUGUUCUUGCAUCACUAAACUAAAGCAGCAUCCAUGUACCCAAACUGCUCAAGUUUAGACUCCAUUGAGCCUCAAAUUUCAAAGUAAUAGCAUCACUUGCUGUGCCAACCCAGUUAUCCAGGUUUGCUGCUUGGUGUUGAGAUGAUAUUAUAAACCUGACUCCGGCAGUAUAAAAGCUAAAAAUUGGCUGUUCUGUUAUGUCAUGUUCUGUCAAGGCAUUUUAUAAAUGCAAAUGUUGUAUGUAUGUCGACCACUAUAUUUACUAACACGGCAGCUGACAAUCAUAUAUUUCUAGGCAUAGGUUGUAGUAGUAGUAGUAGUAGUCAUUGACAGAAUUUUCUCCAUUGUAUGUGUGGUGGUGCAGUUGCUCACAGACAUGAGACUAAUUCAUUUUCAAAUGAAUUUUAAAUGCGAUGUGCAUGGGUGAUUAGAGUGUCAGUAUCAAUGGCACACUGCUCAAACGUGACCCUAAGAAACCUACCCACAUUGUGUUAAUUUUACAGCCCAACCUUUGAUCUCAACCUAAGGUUGAUCCUUUGUAAUCAAGGAUUAUUGUGCCUAAAGAUGCGUGAUUGACCAGCAGAUGAUCAGCUACAUGAGGGAGCGAACAUGUGUGUUGGCUGUAGAUUUAGCAGCUCCAGCAGGCUGAGGUUGCCUCUUAACAACGUACCUCCUUCCUUGCAGUAUGUGCCUUGGAUCAUACCAAUCAUCAUUGGAUCUCAGAGAACCGGCACAUUCAUUCACAUGAUGAACAGAGAGCGCCAAAUAUAAGAGUUAAAGUCAUAGAUGCUUCCUUUUAAAAUGUUAACUCACUGGUGAAAGAUGCCCUGAAUGGCAUCAAUCAAAAUCCCAUGGAGUUUUAGUUGAAUUCUGUGUUGUAAAAAUAUGAAUAUGUAGUCGACAAGAGAGAAAUAAAUAUAUGCAGACAAAUAAAAAAUAAAUCCUAAUGCAUUAAGAACAAAGCCUUCAAAAUUUUGUUAGAUCAAAAUUCAUACUGGAAAAUCGAUGAUAGCUGAUUUCACAGGCCUCAGGUUUUACGAUUGUGCACAUUAUUAAUCGUGUGUGUUCCACAGGUACUGUAGCGACAUAACUCGGGUCUGACCCCGGAGAUGCUAAAGAGACGAGAUAUCAUCACUAUAGUGUUGAUUGUGUUGCCUUGGACACUGCUCAUCACUGUGUGGCACCAGAAUGCUGUCUCUCCUCUCCUUGUCGUUCAAAAGGAUGACAGACAGGAGGGUCAGGCCAAAUCCAGGAAUACUUUUGCUUUCAAAGAGUCCUGCUCACUUCAGAACCGAGACAUUGUUGAGGUGGUGCGUACUGAGUAUGUCUACGGCAGGCCUCCGCCCUGGUCUGACAUCCUGCCCACAAUCCACCUCAUCACUCCCACUUACAGCCGCCCGGUGCAGAAGGCAGAGCUGACACGUCUUGCGCACACUCUGCUCCAUGUGCCCAAUCUGCACUGGAUUUUGGUGGAGGACUCCCAGAGGAGGACCACUAUGGUCGGCCAUCUCCUUCUGGAGACAGGACUCAACUACACCCACCUGAACGUGGAGACACCAAGGAACUACAAAGUUCGGGUGGACACCAAGAACCCGAGAGUACCCCGCGGCACCAUACAGAGGAACCUGGCCCUGAGGUGGCUCCGGGAGGCCUUCAGCCUCAAUAACAGCCAGCCUGGGAUAGUCUAUUUUGCAGAUGAUGACAACACAUAUAGUCUGGAGCUGUUUGAAGAAAUACGCUCCACCAAAAAGGUGUCAGUGUGGCCCGUUGCCUUUGUGGGUGGCCUUCGGUUUGAGGCCCCUAAAGUAAACACCCUGGACCAGGUGUACGGCUGGAAGACCAUGUUCGACCCACAUCGGCCUUUCGCCAUCGACAUGGCUGGGUUUGCAGUGAACCUGCGCCUCAUCCUAUCUAACCCUCAGGCAUACUUCAAGCUACGUGGGGUGAAAGGAGGAUAUCAGGAGAGCAGUUUAUUAAAGGAGUUGGUGACUCUGAAAGACUUGGAGCCUAAAGCUGCUAACUGCACUAAGGUAUUAGUAUGGCACACACGGACCGAGAAGCCUGUUCUGGUGAAUGAGGGCAAGAAAGGAUUUACAGACCAUUACGUGGAAAUAUGAUACAGGGAGGGAUUCAGUGGAUACAUUUCUACCUGGUUCUUAAAGUCAAAAACAUUGUGACAUAGCUGCACUUCAUGGAGGCGCUGUACAGACAUGGAGGAACCCCAGUCUGCCCCAGGAGAGAGCGCAAAGCCACAUGCACGUGUCAAAGCGCAACUGCACAAAUACAAGCUUGUCUGUUCUGCUCUGAACACCAGCUAACACCGGACAGGUUCGGCUGAGGUUCUUCUUUGGUGAGCCGAGACAAAUGGAUGUGGCACGAUUCAUACUGCAGGAAUGAGACAGCCACAUUGGCCACACCGGUGAAGGGUCCAAUCAGCACCAAGCACAGCCCUUUCGCUCUGGAGCAACGUGGCUGCCAGGCACAAGGCUACACAGAGGAAUAAUGGGGCUUAUUGUCUUAUGUGAGUCAGCACUGACUGACAGACUGCACUGUGGGAACUGAGCCUUCCUUACUUGUACUGUACACUGCUGAGCUGUUCAGAUUAACAGGACUAAUUGAGAGCCCUAUAACACGUGUUCAGCUGCCAUGGUGCUCUUGAUGAGAAGACAUACACCCAGAAACACUGAGCGAUCCUUUAUUAUGGUGUAACAACAUUCUCUGUUACAGUCAUUGACUCCUGUUACACUUGAUGUGAUAUUACUGCACUAUUUAGGAGAAGAGACAGUGCUGUCAUCUGUCAUCAAGUUAGUUAAGGUCCUGAUGAGUGAGGUGAAGGUUUUUGUGUAGAAUAUUAUUAUUGUUUUGGUGUAAAUAGCACUAUUCACUUUAUCCAUGCUCAUGAGAGACAACUCCAUAUGAAGAAAUGAGUCUAGAAGCUGUGUUGGCUACACAGUUUAAUUAAUGGAGGCCUGGAGGUGACGAUGUCCAAACACGCUCACCUACACUCACGCUCUGUGACCUUGUUGCAAUUGAAAUCUGUUCACGACACUUGAUGCACAGCCAAUGUUUCUCAGUUCAGUAAUUACUUCCUGACACAUUCUAGAGACUAUUCACACAAGCAAUACAAACCUAACAACAUGGCAAACCUACCAUUACCUAACUCAAUGAUCACUGCACUGUAGGAAUCUGAACCCAGUGAGUCACUGUAAAUAACGAGUUUAUGUGACUAUUUAUUAGCUGUGUUUGUGUAUUAUUAGAUCUAGAUAUUUUAGAAAUACCACUAUUAGAAAAGGAUACAUAUAAUAAAGUUAAUAUUCCUGAAUUUGACCUGGUGCUAUAAGCAAAAACCAAUGCCCAUGUGUCCAGAUGGUUGCGGCUGUCACUGGAUGUCAGUUGCCAUGCCCAGGUCAGGCGUGUUCUCAAAGUGCACCCUGUAGUCGCCCUCUUGCUCCUCAAACACAAUGACCUUAUUCAUUCAAACAGAAGUGAAUGUGAGGCUUUAGAAAGUUCAUUCAAAAUAAAAAACAAAUUCAGAAGUUCUAAUUGUGUUACAUUUUCUAACUCUUUUAUUUUUUUCCUGCUGAGAGUAAAACCAAAAUGCCAGUUCUAAUCCCUAAUAGUACGUAAAUUAUCCAAAAGUAUUAAUCUCCCUACCGCUGCCUCACUAAUGAUGUUACACAUUAUUAUUACAUAUAAUGUUAAUUACGAAACUUUACAGGUGAUGUUGUGUUUGGCAAUUUGGCAUGGAAAUGAUAAAGAAUGUUAAUCCUACAAUGAUAAACUAUAUCUCUGAUAA